UUUUGGUAGUUACUUUACUUUAUGUAUCAUGUUUCAGGUGCUGCUGAUUUUCUACCAGACUUGUUGAGAGAGCCUGGCCUACUCUCUGGCAUGAAGUAUACAGAUAUAUCAGUUCCCAUUCAAAAAGCUUCUGUUUGGCUCCAAUCAAAUCAGGGUGUCCGCUUUUUGAGUUUGCAGACUCUUGAUGUUGAAUAUCACCAAACAAGGGAUCCACAUUUACAGAGUAUGACUCUGUUUGAAUCUAAACUGGAAGCAAAAACAGAAGUUGCCUUCAUUCGAGUCCACUAUGCCAAGCCAAGAGGAGCCAUUGUGGCGCCCCCUACUGUUAAUCUCACAGCACCCCUCAGCUACAAGACUUUCUUGCCUGUUCUCUAUGCAGCAGAUGGAUGUUGUGGGUCAGAUAGGUCUUAUGAAGACGUUCACCAGACUAUGGUUCGUGUUAUAGCGUGGUUGAAUGCAGUGCGAGCACCUGUGGUGACUGUGGAGACAAUAGGACGUAUUCACGCAGAUGCUGAGGACAGAAAAUAUGGUUCUGAUGGAACUAUAGUCAGCAAUGAGUGGUAUACCACCACUGACAGUGAAGGUCGUACACAAGGACCGUAUAGACAUAACUUAAUGUAUUACAUCAGGUAG